GCCCGCGGCGUCCGCGCGACCAUGCAAUGGCGAGCGCUCGUCCUCGGGCUGCUGCUCCUCCGGCUGGGCCUCCACGGAGUAUUGUGGCUCGUCUUCGGGCUGGGGCCCAGCAUGGGCUUCUACCAGCGCUUUCCGCUGAGCUUCGGCUUCCGGCGCUUGAGGGGCCCCGACGGCCCCGCUUCGUCCGCCUCGGGGCCCGCGGACCAGCCCGGGGGACCGUUGGGGCCGACGUGGCUGCGGCCGCCGGUGGCCGGGGCGGCGGCCGGGGGGCGCGGGACUUCGCGGCCGCCCGGGACGGGCGUGUGUGGCCCGACCCACUGGGGCUACGCUCUGGGCGGCCGGGGCCGCGGCCCGGACGAGUACGAGAAGCGCUACAACGGCGCCUUCCCGCCGCAGCUGCGCGCCCAGAUGCGCGACCUGGCGCGGGGCAUGUUCGUCUUCGGCUACGACAACUACAUGGCGCACGCCUUUCCCCAGGACGAGCUCAAUCCCAUCCACUGCCGCGGCCGGGGGCCCGACCGCGGGGACCCUUCAAAUCUGAACAUCAAUGAUGUACUAGGGAACUAUUCAUUGACUCUUGUUGACGCGUUGGACACACUUGCAGUAAUGGGAAAUUCAUCCGAGUUCCAGAAAGCAGUCAAGUUAGUGAUCAACACAGUUUCAUUUGACAAAGAUUCCACUGUCCAAGUCUUUGAGGCCACGAUAAGGGUCCUGGGAAGCCUCCUUUCUGCCCAUAGAAUAAUAACUGACUCCAAGCAGCCCUUUGGUGACAUGACAAUUAAGGAUUACGAUAAUGAGUUGUUGCACAUGGCCCAUGACCUGGCUGUGCGGCUCCUCCCUGCCUUUGAAAACACCAAGACAGGGAUCCCAUAUCCUCGGGUGAAUCUAAAGACAGGAGUUCCGCCUGACAGCAAUAACGAGACGUGCACGGCAGGAGCUGGUUCCCUCCUGGUGGAAUUUGGGAUUCUGAGCCGACUGCUGGGGGAUUCCACGUUUGAAUGGGUGGCCAGACGAGCAGUUAAAGCCCUUUGGAGCCUCCGGAGCAAUGAUACAGGACUAUUAGGCAAUGUUGUGAACAUUCAGACGGGCCAUUGGGUUGGAAAACAGAGUGGCUUGGGCGCUGGGCUGGACUCCUUCUAUGAAUACCUCUUGAAAUCUUACAUUCUCUUUGGAGAAAAAGAAGACCUAGAAAUGUUUAAUGCUGCAUAUCAGAGUAUUCAGAACUACUUAAGAAGAGGGCGGGAAGCCUGUAAUGAAGGAGAAGGAGACCCCCCACUCUAUGUCAAUGUGAACAUGUUCAGCGGCCAGCUGAUGAACACCUGGAUUGACUCUCUUCAGGCCUUCUUCCCUGGACUGCAGGUUCUGAUAGGAGAUGUAGAAGAUGCCAUCUGCCUCCAUGCCUUUUACUAUGCCAUAUGGAAACGAUAUGGUGCCCUCCCCGAGAGGUAUAACUGGCAGCUACAGGCCCCUGAUGUUCUCUUCUACCCACUGAGACCGGAGUUAGUGGAAUCCACGUAUCUCCUCUAUCAGGCAACCAAGAAUCCCUUCUACCUCCAUGUAGGAAUGGAUAUUCUGCAGAGUCUGGAAAAGUACACAAAAGUCAAAUGUGGGUAUGCCACGCUGCACCACGUCAUUGACAAGUCCACAGAGGACCGGAUGGAGAGCUUCUUUCUUAGUGAGACCUGCAAAUACUUGUAUCUGCUAUUUGAUGAGGAGAAUCCAGUACACAAAUCUGGAACAAGAUACAUGUUUACAACAGAGGGACAUAUAGUAUCUGUGGAUGAACAUCUUCGGGAAUCACCCUGGAAGGAAUUCUUUUCUGAAGAGGGAAGGCAGGACCGAGAGGGAAAGUCUGUGCACAGGCCUAAAUCUCACGAGUUAAAAGUCAUCAACUCCAGCUCCAAUUGCAAUCGUGUUCCUGAUGAGAGGAGAUAUUUCCUGCCCUUAAAGAGCAUCUACAUGCGACAGAUUGACCAGAUGGUUGGUUUGAUUUGAUCUGUUCUCCUCUUUGUGACCUCAUCGAAAACCAGAUCUAAACAAUUCAACCCAGACCAUGCCAAAAUCCAGGCUGAGAUGGAAGGGGUUGGAAGUCUGGCCAUCCAUGAUGGUGUAGGGAUUUCUCUCCAGCUCCUCGCCCACAUCUGGUUAAUUUUUGCACAUUUCAGUGUUUCUCUUCUGUUCAAUAAAAUGCCCUGUUUUUCUUAAGGAUAUAAUUUGAAAUGA